AUGGUUCUGUGGCCUAUCCUGACGUACUAUACUUUAAAUACUUAUCGUCAACUUGUGGACUCCAUUAGGGCUUUGUCCACUUAUUCUGUUUUGUAUAGAUAUCUCAAUAACGGAGUCAUUCCUGGUGAUUCAAAGGCUGACGAAAUCUUCUUUAAUCAUGUCAGUGAAUCUUGGAAUUGGACCAAAACUAUGUAUCAAAGGUUGACCACUGCCUACAUGGAUUACAAUAAGUUUAACGUCAAGGUGUGCCAACCGGAUGCCGUUUUGAUCUCUGGUAAGAGAUUCUCCAGAACGUACAUCCAAGAAUUUUAUACCAACAUGACAGCCAGGUUUGAUGGCAACAUUGAUAAAUUAAAACAUUACUUCCUCAAGCUCUGGUCCGUGAAACAUAUUGCUGACACCCUUUUAAAUUCCGGUGCAAACUCCAAUUUUUGUGAAAGUAGAGCUGCUCCCAAGGAUUCAUUGUUUCUUUUAUUUACAGAAAAACAAUUGUCUUUGCAAAUGCCACAAACUGUUCCAGAAGUUACACUCGACACCGACGUUGUGACCCAAAUCGUAUCAGAUAUGGGUGUGUGUGUAAUGUGGAUGAUAUACUUUUCUGCUACUGGUCCUUAUCGUUUUCCUGACAUGGUUAUUUUGAAAUACGCUGGUAACAACAGAAACUUAUUUAUCGAUCCAGAAACCAGAUGUUUGGAAAUCAUCACUUCAUAUUCCAAGACAAGACGUGAGGAAUACUUGUGCAAGACGUUGGAUAAACAAACGUCUGACUAUUUGUUUUAUUAUAUUUUUGUUGCAAGGGCUGUAUUGAAACACUCCAUGGGUGAGAACUAUGAUGGUAUGAACAAGGAUUUAUUCCAAGAUACUAAUACAGUGGCGGAACAGUAUUUGUUAAGAAAUUAUCUGUCAAGAUCUGUUGGUAAUGGUGAAUCGGAGGAAGACUGGGAUCCGGUUAGAUACUCGAAGAUUGUGUUAAACUCCUUUGUAUUUGUUGAUUGCGUGUCACAUUCGUUGAUGAAUUAUAGCAAGUUUGCUGCGUUUAUGAAACUGUACCCUGCAUCAAUUAGUGGAACCUCCAGGCUAUCCUUCAGAGAGAUGAGGCACGGGAUGAUCAAGCUUGUUAGGGAAUACGUUAAAGUAGAGGGUGAGAGUUUCGAAGUAAUGAACAUGAAGGAGAGGUUGGCUGGUCAUUCUGCUGCUACAGGUCAAUCUGUGUAUGCCAAUGAUGUUGAAACUGGUACUGGGUCGGAUGCGUCGUUGGAGGAGAAAUACGCUUCCUUAAUCAAUAGUGCCUGGCAAAAUUGGUUGGGGCUUGGUUAUGGCAAAGAAAGAGAAGAAGGUGGGUCUGCUGUAGCUAGGAAUGCAUGUGUCAAGAAAUACUUUUCAACAAAUGGGUCUAUCAAGGAUUUGUUUGUUGCCGGUAAGAAGUUGUAUGGUAAGGAAUUUCGAUUCAGAGAAGGUCAAUUUGAUGUUGCUGUGGAAAUUUAUUUAUCAGGAACUCAGAUCAUCCCUAUUCAAGCUCUUCCAGGUUUUGGGAAAACUGCUCUGUUUCAGAUCCCUUUGGUUGCAUUAUCUUAUGGUGAACAAAAGACUGUCUCAUUUGUGUUUGUCCCUUAUGUUUGUUUGUUAUCGAAUAUGAAACUAAGACUAUCUUCAUGUGGUAUCAACUGUGGUAUUCUCAAGGAUUUGUUUGUUAAUGGUCCAGCUGUUGAAGAGAAAAACUUGUUUUGUGAUGUUUACGUUGGCACCUUUAACGAUUUAGGUUCUGAGAAUUUUGUCCGGUUGGUCAAUAAUUGGUACAAUAUAUAUCAAGAUUGUAUUCUAGGUAUGAUUGUCAUUGAUGAGUUUCACAACUUAGAGACUGAACAAUCGUACCGUGGACAAUCUUUUAGAUUGAUUCCUGAGAUUAACUUUAAUCUUGCUUGGAAGGUGGUGGUGAUGACAGGUACUGCUGGUGAAAAGGGUAUGGUCAAACCUAUGAAAUUUAUUGGUUAUGACAAGGAGAUGUGUACGUCGAUGGUGUCCAAUAAGAACAGAAUCUUGUACUUUGAUUUGGUUAAUCAAAUUCCUCUCAAGAAUAUUGUGAAGAAGUUCCAAGCUUUUGAAAGAUCUACUGUGGCAGAGACUGAGGUGGAAAAGUUGGUAGAUAGAUUCAUGGAGUAUGAUACCAAGUCCAAGGUGAUUAUUGUUUGCAAGGAGAAGGUUACUGUUGAGAAG